AUCCAGAGCAGCAGGUGGCGGUACUGCGAGUAUCAUUUGUUUUCCCGGAUCUCAAAUGCAAUGUAGAGAAGAACGGGCAGUUUGGGCAGAGCUAUGAACAAACUGUAGUAAAUAUACCACAAGCAGUUCAGUAAAUUAGGUCUGUAUUUCAGACUGUGAAGUCAUGGCUCAGGAGAGGAAAGUGGGUCUGCUCAGAAGGACUUCUUCAUCCAAGAAACCCCUGAAGGAAAAGGUGGUUCUUAUGUAUGAUGAAAUAUUUACGAAAGAUGACCCUGCCAAGACUAACCCUCGCUUCUGGGACGAACUCUUUUUGAUGAAGGUCAAUUUGGAGUAUCUGGAAGCAAAGCUGGAGUCUCUGGAUGGUGAUGAAGUGAUGCUGAUCAAGGAGAACCUCAAUAGUCUGUUCCACCACUGUGUGCAGGCUCUGGAAGAGGAGCAUCAGAUUAAAGUAGUUAAUGCACUGCAGACUCUCUGUGCCUUGUUUAGAGGAGUCCAUCAGAAAAACAAAUCUGCUACUGGCUUUGACAUAAUCAACAUGCUGGUGGGAUUUGACAAAGCUGAGCUUAGGAUGAAGGACCUGAUGGAGAGUCUGGACAGUCUGCUGUGUGGAGACGGCUCAGAGAGUCUGAAGAGCUUGUGCCUGAAGUUGUUGCUUUGUCUGGUUACAGUCACAGACAACAUCAGUCAAAAUACUUUACUGGAAUACGUCAUGAUCAACAGCAUAUUUGAGGCCAUUUUACAGAUUCUGUCUGAUGUAUCUAGUCGGGGUCAACAUGGAUAUGAUGCUGUGGUUCUUUUGGCUCUCCUGGUGAACUACAGGAAAUAUGAGUCUGUGAACCCCUAUAUUGUGAAGUUGUCUAUUGUGGAUGAUGAGCCGACCUUGGACGGUAUGGGAAUGGUUGUCCACCAUGCUCUUACAGAAUACAAUAGGCAGUACAAAGACAAAGACGAGGAGCGGCAUGGAGGUUUUCUGUCCACUCUAACCAAUAUGGUAGGCAGUAUGUUUAUUGCUGAUGCAGACGAGAAACUGUCAGUACAAACCAAUGAAGCGAUCCUGCUGGCCCUGUAUGAGGCUGUUCAUCUCAACAGAAACUUCAUUACUGUUCUUGCUCAAAGUCAUCCAGAGAUGGACAUGCCUACAACCCCAGCACCCACUGUCCCCACCACGCCUACUACACCACUCGGCACUACCCCUCCAUCUGUAGAUCUGAUGCAUAAUCCUGAACUACCGUUAGACCCCAGCAUGCAGACAAGUAACCUGCUGAUCACAUUUCUCAAGUACUCCUCAAUUGUCAUGCAAGAUACUAAAGAUGAACACAGACUGAACAGUGCUCGACUGUGCCUCAUCAUUCUUGCCUGUAUAGCUGAGGACCAGUAUGCUGAUGCAUUUUUACAUGAUGACAACAUGAACUUCAGAGUCAACUUGCACAGAAUGCCAAUGAGACACAGAAAGAAAGCUGCAGAUAAGAACGUCCCCUGCCGACCUCUGGUCUGUGCUGUUUUGGAUUUGAUGGUUGAGUUCAUAGUCACUCACAUGAUGAAGGAAUUUCCUAUGGAUCUGUACACGCGGUGUGUACAGAUUAUUCACAAGCUGAUCUGCUAUCAGAAGAAGUGCAGAAUUAGACUACAGUACACUUGGAGAGAACUCUGGUCAGCCCUCAUCAACUUACUGAAGUUCCUGCUGUCAAAUGAGACCACAUUGCUGGCCAAGCACAAUAUUUUCCUUUUGGCAUUACAGGUUGUAAACCUCUUCAACAUGUUCAUCACAUAUGGAGACACAUUCCUGCCUACUCCUAGCAGUUAUGAUGAGCUUUAUUACGAAAUUGUUCGUAUGCACCAGGUGUUUGAGAAUCUCUAUUGCAUGGUUCUCAGAGUUUCCACCAAUGUAGGCCAGUGGAAGGAGCCGGCUAGUAAAGUCACUCAUGCGCUGGUUAAUGUCAGAGCCAUCAUUAACCAUUUCAACCCCAAGAUUGAGUCCUACGCUGCUGUGAACCACAUUUCCCAACUCUCAGAGGAUCAGGUCCUGGAAGUGGUGCGAUCCAACUACGACACACUAACAUUAAAGCUUCAGGAUGGUUUGGACCAGUUUGAGCGCUAUUCAGAGCAGCCCAGAGAGACAGCUUUCUUCAAAGAACUGGUGCGCUCCAUCAGUGUGAACGUGAGGAAGAACGUGUCUCUGAAUACUCUCAGUCAGGAUGUUCUUUUGAAGGAGUUUUCCUCAAUAUCCUGAUCGUCCUCGUAAAGAUAAAACACCCUGCAGAUACCUCCAUGUCUUUGUAACUUCUAAUGUCACUGUUGGUUUUUUAAUAUGCCCGGCUCGAACCCCCUCCCCGUCUAUGUUUGUGUACAGUUGUGGUCGGACCUUACACAUAAGGACAUGAAUCUCAUGAUAUUAUUGGGCUUUCAUUUUUCAUUUCUUUUUUCUUUUGAGAAAGAAUCUGUGUACAAUAUACAUCUUUAAUAUAAAAUAAUAGAUGAAUGUG